AUGUACGCAUACAUUUACGUUUUUGAGGCAAACGGAAAAAACCAAAAUGAUCCGAUCUCUUUGCUUAGGAAAGCUUUAUCCGAACUUCUUGUGUACUAUUAUCCACUUUCAGGCAAGCUAAUGAGAAGGAAAAGUGAUCGAAUGUUUCAACUUGUUUGUAAUGGAGAAGGGGUCCCUUUUGGGGUUGCUACCGCAGAUCGCGAUCUUCGCUCUCUAAACUACAUUGAAAACUUUGCUGAUGAAGUUGCAUCGCAGCUUGUUCAUGAGCUGGAUGUUAACUUUUACAGUGAGAUUGGUUGUCAUCCACUCUCUUUGCAGGUGACCAAAUUUCCUUGCGGUGGAUUCACCAUUGGCAUAGCAGUGACACACGCGAUGUGUGAUGGGUUCGGCGUGGCUACGAUUUUCAAUGCUCUAACCGAGUUAGCCGGAGGAAAGAGCGAGCCAUCGGUACUGCCAGUAUGGCAAAGAGAACGAUUGGUGGAGAAAAUAGACGAUGAACCGGCUUUAGUACCCGGCGCUGAUAAAGAUGGUCUUUUUGCUAAUUCACCAUAUAUGCGAAGCCCAGAUAUGGUGAUACAGACAGUAAACAUCAAGGCUGAAACUAUAAAAAAGCUUAAAGAAACUGUGGAACUUGAGGAGAGUUUCACUACUUUUGAAGUUAUUUGUGCUUACAUAUGGAAAUCAACAUCUCGGGCCCUAAAGCUAAACCUUGAGGGGAUCACUGUCCUUAACAUAACUGUCGGAAUCCGACAUGUUACGGAUCCACCAAUCCCCGAGGGAUACUAUGGUAACGCUUACAUAGACGUCUACAUUGAGAUAACUGCAAGAGAGCUUGAGGAAUCAUCGAUCUCUGACAUUGUAAAGCUUGUGAAGAAAGCAAAAAAAACAACUCUUACCAAGAAGUAUAUCGAGGAGGAACUACGGAACACAGAGAGACUGAUGAAAGAGGAUGUGAAAUUCCAAGGGGUAACUGAUGGUAUAUUGCUAUUGACAGAUUUGAGGAACACCGGCUUAUUCAAAUCGGUGGAUUUCGGUUGGAACGAGCCUGUGAAUAUAUGGCCGUUGACUCCUCAACAGAAAGCAAGCAACCUUGGACUUAUCAUGCGACCUUCGAAGUUGGAUGCAUCAAUGGAAGGUGGGGCUAAAAUUGUCAUGACAUUACCAAGAGAAGCAAUGGUUACGCUCAGCACAGAGAUUAAUGAUAUGAAUAAGCUUUCUUUUGGUGAGACUAAUGGAGUUAUUCCAUGA